UAUAGUUACAUACAUACGACUAUACAUUUUUCCGUUUAAUCAAAGCAUUAAUUCACAAGCACCGUAUAUAUAUAUAUUAUACACAUAUAACAAUACUAUUAUAACUUAAUGUUGACGACGGUAGAGCAAACUUGGUUAGCGGUGAAACCCAUAUUUGCUAAGCUAUGCAUAGCUCCACGCAAGAACAAGGUCAACAACGUUUCAUCCGAAACAAACAUAUUGAAAGAAACAUCUCAUGAUUUUUGCAAUUAUUUAGAGUCCUUUGAGUUGUUAGUGGAUUUAGGACUUCCAUGUCACGAAUUUGUAGAAGAAAAAUUGUGUUGGCUAAGGUCACAAAUCAUAGGUAACGAUGUAGAAUUCAACUCUCCUUUUGGUAGACGAAAACUUGUCUAUGCUGACUACACGGCUUCCGGUCGCAGCCUUCAUUACAUCGAAAACUUUAUCACCAAUCAUCUGCUUCCUUUCUACGGUAAUACUCAUACUUGUGACAGUUAUGUGGGAGGCAGAACAACAAAAAUGUUACAUGAAGCAAGUGAGUAUAUUAAGAAAUGCUUAGGUGGUGGUGAAGACGAUGCAAUUAUCUUUUGUGGCUCAGGCACAACGGCAGCCAUCAAGAGGCUUCAAGAAGUAAUAGGAAUUGCAGUGCCUUCUAUUUUAAGGGAGAAAAGAUGGGUUGUUUUUGUAGGACCACAUGAGCACCAUUCCAAUCUUCUUUCUUGGAGGCAGAGUUUGGCUGAGGUAGUAGAGAUUGGCUUAGAUGAUAAAGGGUUGCUUGAUAUGGAAGCUCUAAAGCUACAACUUGAGUUUUAUAAAGAUACCAAUCGACCAAUGUUGGGAUCUUUCUCAGCUUGUAGUAAUGUCACUGGUAUCUAUUCAGAUACAAGAGCAAUUGCUAGACUUCUUCACCAAUAUAAAGGUUUUGCAUGCUUUGAUUUCGCAGCAAGUGGUCCGCACGUGGAGAUUGAUAUGAAAUCAAGGGAGAUCGAUGAAUAUGAUGCUGUAUUUAUAAGUCCACAUAAAUUUCUUGGUGGUCCUGACUCUCCGGGAGUACUUUUGAUGAAUAAAAUCUUAUAUCGGUUGAAAUCUUCUCCUCCAUCUACUUGUGGAGGUGGGACUGUCACUUAUGUCAACGAUUUUAAUGAAAAGGAUACAAUAUACUUGGAGGACAUAGAGGAAAGGGAAAAGGGGGGUACACCUCCAAUAAUUCAAAUAGUAAGAACAGCAUUAGCAUUUUGGGUGAAAGAGUACAUCAAUUAUGAAGAAAUUGAAAAACGGGAAAAUUUCUACAUCAACAAGGCACUAAAGAGGUUCAUACCCAACCCAAACAUCGAGAUUCUAGGGAACUUGGGGACAAAAAGACAAGCUAUAUUGUCAUUUGUCAUUUAUUCUAUCACUAAUAUUAGGAGUGAACUUAAUAAUAGGGACAAAAGAGGUAAGAUACUUAAUGGCUCUUUUGUUGCAACAUUGCUAAAUGAUCUAUUUGGCAUCCAAGCUCGUGGUGGGUGUGCAUGUGCUGGACCUUAUGGCCACUAUUUGCUCAACAUCAAUAAAGCUCAAUCGCUUGCCGUUAGAGCAGCAAUCCAAGAGGGUUAUGUUGGUGUAAAACCCGGAUGGACCCGAGUUAGUUUUCCUUAUUACAUGGACGAAGAGGAAUUUGAGUUCAUUUUAACUGCCAUAGAGUUUAUAGCUAUCUAUGGUCAAAGAUUUCUUCCCCUCUACAACUUCGAUUUAGAAAAUGGCAGCUGGAGAAUAAAGAAACAUAAACUUGAGACACUAACCAAAGAACAUAGAUGUUUGAACAUUGAUAAUUUCAAAGAAGGUAGUGACUAUAUUGCUGGAAUUAAACAAGUUGGGAUGUUGAGAAAUAAAUCAUUAUUGACAGCUAAAUGUAUCGCUAGUCGUCUCUCCAAAUUUCCUUCUCAAAGCAUACUUGAUCAACACGUGGAUCCUCGUAUCCUCCAUUUUUUAGUUUAGGUAUAGUGAUUAUAAUACUAAUUAUAAUACCAAUUAUUUAUAAAAUAAAAUAGAAUGCUUAUUAUGGGGAAACAUAUAAGCUAAUAAUGUACAUCUUGUAUGUCGAACACGUUUUUACUAGCAACAUUGCUGCUAAAUUAAAUAGUUGUCAAUACCACUUAUUAUUUAAAUAAUUUAUUUAAACCAUCAAUAAAAUAAGAUGUAAUAGUGGGAUACAGUUA